AUGGCUGAAUCAGACCAUAAUCUAUUAUCAUCAUCUUCAGUUAGUGGUCGUUUAUUUUUUCCCUUAAUACUUUAUGAUAAUGGAAUAACUAGUGUCAAUGGGCAAAGGGCAGAAACCAAUCACCCACAAAAUAAACACACACCCAACCCACUCUCAUGGUGUUGUUUUGGCAAA